AUGGCAUCGUCGUCGAGUUCUCUGAUUCGUCGAAUUGUUCCCUUUUUCACCACUCGGAUUCGCCAAAAUUACCGCCUUUUGAAUUCUUAUGCUUCUUCUGCUCUAUCUCAACCCCAAUCCCAAUCCCAAGUCGAAGCUCCCGAUUCUGUUUUAAUGGCCGAGAGCUGCGUUCGUGUGGACAAGAAAUCCUCUUGUAGAUUGAGGAUUGGGUCAUGGAACAUAGGCACGCUGACGGGUAAGUCGAUAGAGUUGGUGAAGAUUCUCCAGAAGCGGAGGGUCAACAUAGCUUGUGUCCAGGAGACUAGAUGGGUAGGGUCGAAGGCAAGGAAUGUAGACGGGUAUAAGCUGUGGUACUCUGGGGCCGUGAGGGGUAAGAAUGGAAUGGGCAUCUUGGUGGAUAGGGAGCUUAGGGAGUAUGUGGUUGAGGUUAGGCGAGUGAAUGACAGGUUGAUGUUUAUUAAGUUGGUGAUUGGUGAGUGUACCCUUAAUGUCGUUAGCGCCUACGCGCCGCAAGCAGGCUUGGAUGUGGAGGUUAAAAGGCGUUUUUGGGAGGGUCUGGACGAGACUGUGCGUAGCUUUCCUCCUUCUGAGAGGUUAUUUAUCGGAGGGGACUUUAAUGGCCGUAUUGGGUCAGCCGCUGGUAGCUAUGGCAAGGUGCAUGGUGGCUUUGGUCUUGGGGACAAGAAUGGAGGAGGCACUUCACUAUUAGAUUUAGCGAGGGCUUUCGAGCUGGUGAUUGCGAACUCGAUUUUCCCGAAGAGAGAAGAGCAUCUGGUUACUUUCCAAAGUGCGGCGGGGAGGACUCAAAUUGAUUACCUCCUCCUCAGAAGGUGUGAUAGAGGGUUGUGCAAGGAUUGCAAGGUUAUCCCGGGAGAGUCCCUCGCGACUCAGCAUAGGCUCUUAGUGUUGGACAUCGGUAUUUUGUUAAAGAGGAAGAGGAGGUGUGCCCGGGGAUCGUCGAGGAUUAGGUGGGGAGCUUUGACUAAGGAUAAUGCCCAGGAGCUGGAGAAGAGGUUAUCCGCUAUGGGGGCUUGA